UUGCUCGCAUGCGUGCUUGUAUCCUUUACAACGUCAGCAUUUUUUAAUCCACUGUCCAAUAAAACGAUCAACAAACACGUAUAAAUAGGGCACAGCAUUGUGUAGAGCUCAGCAUAGGCACGCAUCACCUCUUAUCUGUCUUCUCUCUGCCCAGAUAAGAAACCGGAAUGCAGAAGCAAGAGCACCCCAUCUCUUGCUCUCUUCCACCUUCUAACCAAAACAGCAAGAAACCAUCCAUGGCGAGCCAGGAAAGAACCGCGCCGACAGGCCGAUCGGGCGGUGCCGACGACGUCCGCUCGCACACAGACGCCGGAUCAUUCGGAAAUGAUCCGGCGUCAUCGGCGGCGCCCGAGGACUUUGAGUUCUGCAUACUCUCGUCCGGCGGGCUCGCGCUGGCCGGCGAGGACGCGGCCGACAUGUGCGUCGCCGACGAGGUCUUCUCCGGCGGCAAGCUCCUCCCUUUCCGCCUCUCCUCGGCGACCUCGGGCGACGCGUUGCUCCGCUCGGACUCGCUGGACGGCUCCGCGACGACGGCGUCCACCAGCGGCUUCAGCUCGAGCUCCGUCAGCCGCAGCGCGAGCUCCAGCAGCAGCAGCAGCUGCGUCAGCCGGAGCACGUCGUCCAAGAGCGCGUCCUCGGACCCUGCCGGGCUCGGCAGCUGUCCUCCCAACAGGGGCGCCACGGCCGACGCAGCCGUGCCGCCGCGGCGGUCGCUGUCGGGCAGCGUGUUCUACGCGCACCCGAGCCCGUCGCCGCGCCCGCCGCGCCGGAGCGCCCGCCCUGCAGCCGCGCCCGCGCCGCGCCGCAGCACCGGGUCGGCGCCGCCGGCGUCGUGGGGCCUCAUACGCCUGGGCGUCGUCGGCGCCGCCGAGGUGUACGCGCCGCGCCCGGCCGGGUACAGGAAGGCCGCCGCUGCGAGCGCGAGGGGCGGGAGCCGGAGCGCGAGGUUCGAUCAGCCCAGGACCGCCCCCAAGGAGGACAAGAAGCUCGCGCUGGGGCUGCUGGGGGCCGGCCUGGUGUGCUCGUGCUCGCCUGACGCCGUCGCGCCCGUGGGCUCGGCGGAGGUGGCCGCGGCGGAGGCGAGGCGGAGGAGGAAGAUGGCGGAAGAGAAGAAGAGAGCGGCGAAGCAGAGCGGGCGGAGCACCGCCCGGAGGAGCAGGAUUCUCGAGUGGCUGGAGGAGCUCUCCAUUUCCAAGGACAAGAGCGUCGUGUAGAUACAGAUCGUCUCCUGACUGCAAUUGUUCCCAAAAUUUCUUCGUUCUUUGAUGGCUCGAAUCACCCUUGGAGAUAUUUGUCAUUUCGGUUCGUUUUCACCAUUUAACUAGUUGAUCAAUCAAUAAUAUAAUCUCCCUCAGGGUCAGGGCAUCGAUGUCAUUGAGCAAAGUUCCUCGUCAUAUUUGUCAAGAUGACUAUUACCUCGAA